AUGGUGGACUACUACGAAGCGCUGGGGGUGAGCCGCAAUGCUACUGCCGAGGACAUCAAGAAGGCGUACAGGAAGGCUGCGCUGAAAUGGCACCCGGAUAAAAACCCGGACAACAAGGAGUAUGCUGAGCAGAGGUUCAAGGAGAUCGCUGAGGCCUACGAAGUGUUGUCGGACAAGCAGAAGCGUGAUGUCUACGACCGUUACGGCAAGGACGGACUCAUGGGGGCAGGACCAGGGGGCUCCAGGGCCAGCGCCGGGGCCCCCGAAUUCACCUUCACCUUCCGCAGCGCUCACGAUGUCUUCCGGGAGUUCUUUGGUGGGCGAGACCCCUUCGCCGACUUGUUUGAUGAGAUGCUGCCCUUCUCCGAGCUGCGAGGACCUGGCUCCCGGCACCACGGGGGAGGCCACUUCUUUUCUGCCUUCCCAGGAUCCUCAGAUUUCUUCACCUCAUCCUUCAGCUCUGGCGCCGACGCAGGGCUGGGGUUCCGCUCUGUCUCCACCUCCACCACCUUCGUUAAUGGGAAACGCGUCACCACCAAACGGAUUAUCGAGAACGGGCGGGAGCGGGUGGAAGUGGAGGAGGACGGGGAGCUGAAGUCGAUCCACAUCGAUGGUGUCCCUGAUGACAUG